CGGGCGGCUGACGCGUCACAUUCCACCUCAGCGCGUCAAGACUUGAGCCGGAGCGGCGGUAGCUGAGGGAAGCGGGGCAGGGGAGAAAGGCAGGCCGGAAGGAAGGGGGUGGCCGGGCGAGGCGUCGAAGCCGCCGCUGGCGACGACCAUCCCUAACACGACCCGAAGGCCAGCCGCCUCUCGGCUCCGCCCCGCCCCCCUGGCCACAGCGGCAACAACAGUCGCCGGGAGGAUGCGCCGCCGCCCCCUGGCCCGAAGAGGUAGACGGGGAAGACGAUGAAGGAGCCGUCUCGACGGCUUCUGUUCUGGGCCUCCUCCUGCUUGGUGCUCGGCUGCCUGCUCGGGCUUCCCUGCUGGCAUGUCUUUUGUAAAGAGAGCCCUUCAUCUGCAUCUAUGUAUUCACCAAAUGAGAACUAUCCCUUGGCAAACAUGGAAGAAAACAUCCAGGAAAAGGAGGAGAUGGAUGGAUACAUUGGAAUGCUGCAUUUAGAAAAGGAUGAAUCCAUUAUGAAAGAUGAACCAGAAGAAGAAUGUUCAGUUGACUGCACAAAGCAAAAACAGACCAUGGAAGAGGGGGAAUUAAAAACUCCAGAAGAUGAGACUCUGCCUUCAGUGGAUUUAGAUGAAGCUUCUUUUAGCGUAUCUGCUAUCCCUGAGAAGACUUCUAUCCCACCUACCUCAGAGAGCUUGCCAGUCUCUCAGCCCAGUGCAAUAGAAAAUUCCAGUGCUGAUAUCCCUGUAGUCACCUCUGCUGAAGCUGAACCAUCAGAACCCAACUGCGAUAUUGGUGGGGCACUUGAGGCUGAACCUCAGAGUGAGCCUUCCUCUCUUGUCACUUCACCGGAGAGCCUUGUAGGUCAACAUAUAGAAAACAUCUCACACACUAAGGGGAAAAUGACUAAAUCAGAAUUUAAACCGAAGCUUGCUGCUGCUGAGCAGAAGACGGAUCCAAAGUCUGCAUUGAAUGCUUCGGGUAACUUAAGAGGGGAUAGAAAAGUGGGAGAAAUUGACCCAACUUCUGUGAUAACUCCGAAGGACCCAGGAGAUAUUCCCACAUUUGAUGAAUGGAAGAAGCAAGUCAUGGAAGUAGAAAAAGAAAAGAGUCAAGCAAUGCAUCCGUCCUCCAAUGGAGGUCAACAUCCUACCAAAAAAGUCCAGAAAAACAGAAAUAAUUAUGCUUCAGUAGAGUGUGGAGCCAAAAUAUUGGCAGCAAAUCCAGAAGCAAAGAGUACAUCAGCUAUACUAAUGGAGAACAUGGACCUCUACAUGCUGAAUCCAUGCAGUACUAAAAUAUGGUUCGUUGUGGAGCUGUGCGAACCAAUUCAGGUGAAGCAGCUAGACAUUGCCAACCAUGAAUUAUUCUCAUCUACUCCCAAGGACUUUUUAGUGUCUAUCAGUGACAGAUACCCAACAAAUAAAUGGGUCAAGCUAGGCACUUUUCAUGCUCGAGAUGAGAGGAAUGUCCAGAGUUUUCCUCUGGAUGAACAGAUGUAUGCAAAAUAUGUAAAGAUGUUCAUCAAGUACAUAAAGGUGGAGUUGGUGUCGCAUUUUGGAUCAGAACAUUUCUGCCCUUUAAGUCUCAUAAGGGUUUUUGGCACGAGUAUGGUUGAAGAAUAUGAAGAAAUAGCUGAUUCUCAGUACCAGUCUGAAAGACAAGAGCUGUUCGAUGAAGAUUAUGAUUAUCAUUUGGACUACAACGUGGGUGAAGAGAAAUCUUCAAAGAAUCUUAUUGGUUCUGCUACAAAUGCCAUUUUAAAUAUGGUGAAUAUUGCUGCUAACAUACUGGGAGCAAAAUCAGAAGAGCAUUCUACAGAUCAAGGAAAUGAAAGUGUCCCUGAAAAUACAACUACCACUUCCAGGAUGGUACCAAAUCUGCUGGAGCCAACUACCACUCCUUCCUUAGAGCUUGUUGCUUCAGAGAUACCACAAACUGAGAAGGAGUCGUUAAUCUUAGAUGUGACCAAAGACAGCCCAAUCGUUCAGCUAGUCCAAGAAUACGAAGAGGAAGCAAGUCGAUCAACUGUGACCCUACUACCCAGUGAUGAACAAGAGGAAGAAAUGUCGUGGUUUGAAUCAGAAACACAAAUCUAUUGCUAUGAGUUGGUGACAGUGUGCUGUAUUUCCACUUUUUCGGAAUAUCUAUACAAGCAGUGUUCGGCAAUUAUAGCACUUCACCGCUACCACAGCAAAAAAGACACCAGUUGGGGGAAAUCCUAUUCUGCUAUUUUCCACCCCCAUCUAAUUUCAACCAAAUCUUUGCAUAUUUCAAUACAUGAACCUCUUCCGGACAAAUUGGACAUCCUUGUUCCAGAGCCACCUGAAACUGUUGUAGGCAUCUUAAGUAGUGUGUGGACUGAGCCUGUGAUUAAUCAGACUGAGGGCACUUUUGAACUGGAACCCAGUCGUCCACAGACAGUAUCUCAGUCUAUCCUCUUGGAUGUCACAGCAGGAGCCAAGUCACUGUCUGUAAUGGAUGUGUCCUCUGAGCCCACAAAACAUGAAGCUGUGUCUGAAACCCCAGAGGCUCCUCCCCAGGAGGAAAUUUCUGCUGAAAAAGAUGAAGUCCUUGGAUCUGUUACAGAGAAAGAGGCUGGAACCAGUGUUGUAACUGAAGUCAAAGAGCCUGUAGAAGAGAGGAUCUCUAUUGAAAUUGUCUCCAAGCCAACAGAGCCUGUUACACAGUCAGAAUGUACUAUAGCAGUAGAAAGCAGCAAUGGAGAAACCAAGGCAAAUUCCUUGGAAACAGAAAAGCAGGAGGUAUCGCCUGUUAUAGAGUCAUCUUCAUUGGAAAUAAAAGAUGAUGACCCGGUGGCUGAGGAACCAUUUCUCCCCGUUCCUGUUUCUGGUGGAUUACCACGGACUGCUACAGAUUUCUAUGCUGAAUUACAGAAUUCUACAGACUUGAGUUAUGCUAAUGGGAAUCUUGUUCAUGGAUCAAACCAGAAAGAGUCUGUCUUUAUGAGACUCAACAAUCGCAUUAAAGCCCUGGAAGUAAACAUGUCUCUCAGCAGCCGCUAUUUGGAAGAACUUAGCCAAAGAUACCGCAAGCAAAUGGAUGAAAUGCAGAAGGCUUUUAAUAAAACAAUAAUAAAGCUUCAGAAUACAUCACUCCUGGCAGAACAACAGGAUUUGAAGCAGACAGAAGCCAUUCAACUUCUGCAGGCACAGCUGACCAAUAUGACACAGCUAGUUUCCAAUCUGUCAUCAACUGUGGCUGAACUAAAAAGAGAGGUUUCUGAUCGCCAGAGCUAUCUUGUCAUUUGCUUGGUGCUCUGUUCCAUUCUCGGCUUGAUGCUUUGUGUACAGCGCUGCAAAAAUAGGUCAGAGUUGAAUGACAACUACUGCUCAGAAGUUCUCAAAAGUAAUCACUAUCCCAGCCCGAAAAGAUGUUUUUCUUCCUAUGAUGAUAUGAAUUUGAAAAGAAGAACCUCCUUUCCACUCACCAGGUCUCAGUCUUUUCAGCUGAACAGCAAAGAAGUGGACCCAGGUGAUUUGUACAUUGUAGAGCCGUUGAAGUUUUCACCAGAGAAAAAGAAGAAACGCUGCAAAUACAAAAGUGAAAAAAUUGAAACCGUCAAACCAGCCGUGGAGCCUGUGCAUCCAGUAGCUAAUGGGGAAAUAAAAAGCAAGAAGCCCUUUACAAAUCAAAGAGACUUCUCCAAUAUCGGUGAUGUGUACCACUCUUCGUACAAAGGUCCCCCAUCAGAAGGAAGCUCGGAAACUUCCUCACAGUCUGAAGAGUCCUAUUUCUGUGGCAUUUCAGCAUGCACAAGUUUGUGCAACGGACAAAUCCAAAAGACAAAAACUGAGAAGAGGGCCCUCAAACGAAGACGGUCUAAAGCCCCAGAGCAAGGCAAGCUCAUAAAAACUUUAAUACAGACUAAGACCGGGUCCUUGCCAAGCCUGCAUGAUAUCAUCAAAGGAAACAAGGAUCUAACCGUGGGAACACUUGGUGUCACAGCUGUUUCUGGGCACCUUUAAAAUGAACUGAACUCUUCAUAGUGGGGAGCUUUUGUAUGACAAAUCUUGUAGUAUUGGGGUGACAGGGAAGAAAAAGGUUGGCCAGUUGCAAACUGCCCAGAAAUUUAUACGAUGGCUCUUUUCUUAAGGACCGUAUCAACAACCAACCUUGGUUAUAAGCUUCAGCUUUCUGAAAGCUGAUUUCCAAUAUGGGUAGCUGGAGGGAGGAAGAUUGCCCAGGAUGGGGUUGGGUGGGGAAAGACACGGCUUAUUUUAUACAGUGUUUUUUUUCACAAAUGCUGAUACUGAGAUCUUGAAACUCGGUUUGGGUGGAACAGAGUUAAAGCAUAACCUUUUCCCAUUUUGCUGUGUUCCUAUUUCUUGCACCUUCCCAUAUUUAUGUGCCUUUUGUCUAUUUAUAAUGCCACUGGAAGAGAGGAAGCAUUUUAUUUGUACGUUUAGGUCUUCUGAAAAUGCAACACUACCAUGCUCUAGGAGAAUAUCUUGUCCUCCAGUGGGAUUCAGUCAUGUGAUUUGGGUACCAUAGAAAUAUAUUGCCAGGGUAGUCUUUCUCAUUUGAUCUUUGUUUUGCAAAGGCAAUUGGGGCCAAUACCACAUACAUCUGAUGUAGCAGCUAACGUUCUCUGAUGGUACAGUACCCCUGCAGGAUGUGACGUUAAACCUGCCUUUCGUUGGCCAGACUUGCUUGAUUAGCUCUUGUUUAAUCAGCAUUGUGAUCUGUGGUUGCCUUCCUGUACUAAGAAAUUGGGAGGAAGAACUGUUUUAUAUCAGUUCUGGUUGCAAUGGAGGCCAUAAACAGAAAUGCAGAAAGUCUGUCAAGCUCCAAGUUGUUCUGUUCCAAAGGUUUGUCCAUAAUGUUUGUUUUUUUUAAAAUUGGCUAACAUUUGUGCAAGUGUGUCUGUGUGUUGAGUUUUGUACUUUCCUUAUUUGAGGUUUUGUUACAGAGUUGGAUUGUAUGAAUACAUCUGAAUGAAUGGGACAAAAGGUUCAUGUGUGAGAGGUUCAAGGUUCAUGUUGAAUAAGAUAUAACUUAUUGAGCACUUUUAGUCACACCUCUUUGUGGUUUUCUUUUUUAAAAAAAAAAACAGCUAAUGCCUUUUCCUGGGCAUUAUAUGUAAUGUGAUUUAUUUAAAGAUUUUGUUUUGCUGCUUUCAUGUUAGUUUCAGAAUACAUUUUUACGGUGAUGUACUUUAGAGCCUGCACAGCUAACCAGUCAAAGCAUAUGGACCUAAUUUUUUUUAAAGAUUGUGGAUUGACAGGGGGGAGGGGGUCCAAACUAGAAUGGAAAUUGGAAGGGUUUUACUAUUUGAGUGGAUGCGUACAAAGUUGUGGCACAAGGAACUUGUAAUACAUGACUACAGAUUUGUAGUGCCAGUAGAAACUGUGAAUUUCCAAAUAAAUCUGAACACUUGUCUUUAAA